UUCAGGAAACAGCUUUUCUUGUUGCCCUCCUCUGUUGUCAGGGAAACAUGUAAACUCUUGCCCUGCCGAGCAUGGCUAGGUUUGUGAGGUUAGAGAAUAAAAUAGAGCGAAUUAAAGAGGAAUUUUUCAUCAGAAACCGGAUAGCGGAGGAGAACCGACCGGGGGAGAACCGAGCGGCUAUCCAGAUACAGAGCUGGUUCAGAGGCUGCCAGGUGCGCGCCUACCUCAGUCACCUAGACAAGCAUGCGACCAUUAUCCAAAAGACAUGGCGGGGUUUCCAAGCAAGGGCACACUUCAGACAAAUGGUGAAGGCGGCAUGUUUUAUCAUGAAGAUGAAUUUCUACAACGAGAUGGCCGUGAGGGUCCAGAGACGGUGGAGAGGCUUCUACACCAGGAAGUACGUCCACAACUUCUACGCCAGGAAGAGGUACCUGGAGGGACUGAUGAGGACAAACGAGCUGGUCAGGAGGGAACUGGGGGAGUUUGCAGAGUACCAGCAGAGGGAGAGAGAGCAUGUGGCCAUGGAGAGAGAGGAGCAGGAGAACACCAUCCAAGCUGAGAGGCUGCAUCACCUCCUCAGCACUCAGCAGCGCCCCGGGGUCUUCAACUCUCCGUUCAGACCCGCCCCUGACAAGAUGGAACUGAGGCUCCGCAGGGCCAAGCCCCGCCCUUCCAGGAGCUCUCCCAGGAACAGAGGCCCUCUCCUGGGCAGCACCGUCACCUCGGUCCCCUCCCUCCACGGAGCUCCUGGAGCCUCCCAGGGCCUCACCUCCAGACCCCUGCCCCCCAUACCAAGCAAAAAGCCCCAGGGUCCGUUCCGUGACCCAGCGGAGGUGUGGCAGCAGCGUGUGUGUGUCACGGAGCCGACCCUACGUGUCCAGACCUCGCCCCGCGACCUGGAACACGCCCAGGAGGAGCUGCACAGAGAGGAGUGGAGGAACCGCCUCGUGGACCGCCCGUUCCAGCCCUUCUCCAAGGCCUGGAAGGACAGGAAGUACGAGCGUACGGUCCACAGCACUUCCUCUUUCCUGCCCCUGGCCUACGGAACCAAACACUUCAGAGAGGAGAGACCAGAGCAGCUCCACGGGAAAAAGCCAUUCAAGACAGUGUUCACCACCUGUCACGUCUUCGACAAGUUUGGACGCUUGUACUCCAACGCUGGAAAGAUCGUUUGAAACCAGGACAACAUCACAUCAACGUUCCACAAACAUACAUAAAGAUCGAUA